CGUGCGUGCGUGGGCGCGGCCCUACAAGCACGCUGUGCGCGAGGCGGAUGUCCGGGCCGGCUGGGCCGGGGCGACGGACGAGAUGGCGGAAGGCCGAGGCUGCUGUGAGCGACCGGAUGUGGAGACCCAGAAGUCCGAGCUCGGAGCCUUGAUGAGGACCACGCUCCAACGGGGAGCGCAGUGGUACCUUAUUGACAGCCGGUGGUUCAAGCAAUGGAAGAAGUAUGUGGGCUUCGAUAGCUGGGACAUGUACAAUGUGGGUGAACAUAACUUGUUUCCUGGGCCCAUAGACAACUCCGGACUCUUUUCAGAUCCUGAGAGCCAGACCUUGAAAGAACACUUAAUUGAUGAACUGGACUAUGUAUUGGUCCCAACUGAAGCCUGGAAUAAAUUACUAAAUUGGUAUGGCUGUAUAGAAGGCCAACAGCCCAUUGUCAGAAAAGUUGUAGAACAUGGCCUGUUUGUCAAGCACUGUAAAGUGGAGGUGUAUUUGCUGGAACUGAAGCUCUGUGAGAACAGCGACCCCACCAACAUGCUGAGUUGUCAUUUCAGCAAGGCAGACACCAUUGCAACCAUCGAGAAGGAGAUGCGGAAACUGUUCAACAUCCCUGCCGAGCGUGAGACACGGCUCUGGAACAAAUACAUGAGCAACACCUAUGAGCAGUUGAACAAGCUAGACAACACUAUUCAGGAUGCUGGGCUGUACCAGGGUCAGGUGCUAGUCAUUGAGCCCCAAAAUGAAGAUGGCACAUGGCCCAGACAGAUCCUACAGUCAAAAUCAAGCACUGCGCCUAGCAGACAUUUCACUACCUCUCCAAAACCAUCAGCAAGCUCCUAUUCCUCAGUGUCUGCAUCUCCCAUCGCAAAUGGUGAUAGCACUAACACCUCUGGGAUGCACAGUUCCGGUAUCGGCAGGGGUGGAUCUGGCUUCUCUGCUUCGUAUAAUUGUCAGGAGUCCCCAUCGUCUCAUAUCCAGCCUGGGCUCUGCGGUCUCGGAAAUCUGGGGAACACCUGCUUCAUGAACUCCGCUUUACAGUGCCUGAGCAACACUGCACCAUUGACAGACUACUUUCUCAAGGAUGAAUAUGAAGCUGAAAUCAACAGAGACAACCCCCUGGGGAUGAAAGGGGAGAUUGCAGAGGCCUACGCAGAGCUCAUUAAGCAGAUGUGGUCUGGAAGGGACACUCACGUGGCUCCUCGCAUGUUCAAAACUCAAGUGGGACGUUUUGCGCCUCAAUUUUCUGGCUACCAACAACAAGACUCUCAGGAGCUGUUAGCCUUUAUUCUCGAUGGAUUGCAUGAAGACCUGAACCGAGUGAAGAAGAAGCCCUACCUGGAGCCAAAGGAUGCCAAUGGGCGGCCCGAUGCGGUAGUGGCAAAGGAAGCCUGGGAGAAUCAUAGGCUGAGGAAUGAUUCAGUGAUUGUGGACACUUUCCAUGGUCUCUUCAAAUCUACUUUGGUUUGUCCAGAAUGUGCAAAGGUGUCCGUGACCUUUGACCCAUUUUGCUAUCUAACUCUCCCACUGCCCUUGAAGAAAGAUCGAGUUAUGGAGGUCUUCCUGGUUCCUGCUGACCCUCGCUGCAGACCUUCCCAGUACCGUGUGACUGUGCCUCUGAUGGGAGCCGUGUCUGACCUGUGCGAGGCGCUCUCCAAGCUGUCUGGCAUUGCUGCAGAAAAUAUGGUGGUCACAGAUGUGUAUAAUCACCGGUUCCACAAGAUUUUCCAAAUGGAUGAAGGUUUAAGCCACAUCAUGCCUAGGGAUGACAUUUUUGUGUACGAGGUCUGCAGCACCUUUGUGGAUGGCUCGGAAUGUGUCACGCUUCCAGUCUACUUCAGGGAGAAGAAGUCCAGGCCAUCGAGUACUUCUUCCGGGGCGAUGCUCUUCGGGCAGCCGCUGCUCGUUUGUGUCCCCAAGCACAAGCUAACCCUGGAAUCUUUGUACCAGGCUGUGUGUGAUCGCAUCAGCCGCUAUAUAAAACAGCCUUUGCCUGACGAGUUUGGCAGCUCGCCCCUGGAGCCCGGGGCUUGCAACGGUGCCAGUGGGAGUUGUGAAGGAGAUGAGGAGGAAGAAAUGGAGCAUCAGGAAGAAGGCAAAGAGCAGCUUUCAGAAACAGAAGGCAGCGGCGAUGAGGAGCUGGGGGACCAGCCCAGUGAAUCUACCCAAAAGACGGGCAAAGGACAGUCGUGCCCCAAGAGACUUUUCACCUUCAGUCUUGUCAACUCCUAUGGAACGGCUGACAUAAAUUCACUCGGAACUGAUGGGAAGCUGCUCAAGCUCAACUCUCGGUCCACACUGGCCAUCGACUGGAACAGUGAGACCCGGAGCCUUUACUAUGAUGAACAAGAGUCGGAGGCCUUUGAGAAGCACGUGAGCGUGCUGCAGCCUCAGAAGAAGAAGAAAACUGCGGUGGCUCUGAGAGACUGCAUUGAGCUCUUCACCACCAUGGAGACCUUGGGGGAGCAUGACCCUUGGUACUGUCCCAAUUGUAAGAAGCACCAGCAGGCCACAAAGAAAUUUGACCUCUGGUCCUUGCCCAAGAUCCUGGUGGUCCACCUCAAGCGUUUCUCCUACAACCGCUACUGGAGGGAUAAACUUGACACUGUGGUGGAAUUCCCAGUCAGAGGUCUGAACAUGUCCGAGUUUGUCUGUGACCUAUCAGCAAGGCCUUACGUGUAUGACCUCAUUGCCGUGUCCAAUCACUACGGAGCCAUGGGGGUUGGCCACUACACGGCAUAUGCGAAGAACAAACUGAAUGGGAAAUGGUACUACUUCGAUGAUAGUAAUGUGUCUCUGGCCUCUGAGGACCAGAUAGUGACGAAAGCUGCCUAUGUGUUGUUUUACCAGCGCCGGGACGAUGACUGUUACAAGGCGCCUUCUUCCCUCGCCAGUUUUCCUGGCUCCUCUGAGGGCGGGAUGAGGCCGAACAGCUCCCAGCAGGGCUUGGCGGACGAUGAGUCUUGCAGCAUGGACACCAACUGAAGAGGACUCAGCCACUCUGCCGCCCCCCCGCAGCAGUGUCACCUCCCCUCCCCUUGGAGUCGAUACUGACGGCCCUCUGAAGACUUGUUACUUUUCAAUCUAAAAAAAAAAAACCAGAUGAGAAAAUUCCCUUCUUUUAUGAGAGAAGAGAGAGGGGGGAAAAAACAAAAGACCAUUUGCUCAGAAGAGUUAUGUCAAGAGGCUGAAUUAUUUUUCUUUUUAAACAGGUGGUCAGAUUAAAAAAAAAAAAAACCCUGUGGAGCUGAAAAGUGGGGUGGGGUUAGGGUGCACAAUGAAAUAUGUCUCAACGAUCCCAAAGAAUGAACGGAGAGGAACACCUUGUAAUGGAACAUGGUGCAGCUACGAAGACCCAACUCCAAGGCUGCUCUGAACUCCUGGGUUUCUGGUUCUGAUGCCCAUAUACUGGUCGCCCCAGUAGUCUGGCCACAGUAAACAGAGCCUUGAGUAAA